AUGGGGAAAGGCGGGGGGGGCGCAGGGGGAGCCGGGAUGGGCGGCGGCGGGGGAAGCGGCGGGAGAGGCGGCGGGGGAGGUGGAGCGGCGGGAAGCGCGGUGCGCGUGUGCGUGUUCGACUCGCGGAGGGGGAAGCGGGAGGGGGAAGAGGCGGAGAAGCUUCUGUUCUUCUUUCCGCCCGCCACUCCGCCGUCCGAGCAAGUGGCUCUACUUGGCCUCUGGGAGGGGCUACUCGCCUUCACCAGGAUCUUCUCCCCCCAUCGCCCCUGUGAGGUGAUGCGAGCGCAUUUCAACCGCCACGUGCUGCCCUCCCUUCCUCUCCCCCUACUGUGCCGCCUCCCCCCCUCCCCUUGCAGGAUCUUCUCCCCCCAUCGCCCCUGUGAAGUGAUGCGAGCGCAUUUCAACCGCCACGUGCUGCUGGAGUGUGAGCCGGGCAUCUUCAUGGUGCUGGUGGUGGAGUGUCGGGGGGUGAACGGCAUCGUGCCGCCCGACGCUACAGUGCGCGACGAAGCUCUUCGGCAGUAUCUGGUGGAGGCGCAUGGGCUUUUUUGUCUCUUCUUCGGCAGCAUCAACCGCCUGUUGCAGCAGCAGCAACCCCACCCUCCUCCUCCUCUCCCCUCAGAAGCAACAACUGGGCCCUCAUCAAAUACUUCAUCAGAUCUUGAGUCCAGCACUCCUUCACACGAUUCCCCGUCGGCCGUUCCCCUUUCAGCCGACUUAGCCCGUGCCUGCCUGCAAGCCUUCCUCCCGGACUUUCUCACAGAACCAUCCGCCCUCGCAUUCCCCUUCGCCCUAUCCGCUCCCACCACUCCUCGAGUGCGCCUGCCUGCUCUUCUCGACUCUCUCUCUAACCGCCUCUCCUGCCGCCAGCUCAACCUCUCCCGCUCCCUCACGCUCCCUGCUCUGGCGAGCAACAGGUUGAGGCGAGCAGGAAUGCGCACUCGAGGAGGCGUGUGGCAUGCAUACCCCACGCCUCCUCGAGUGCGCAUGCCUGCUCUCCUCGAUUCCCUCUCCAACCGCCUCUCCAACCGCCUCUCCUACCGCCUCUCCUACCGCCUCUCCUGUCGUCAAUUGAACCUCCCCCGCUCCCUCACACUCCCCUCACCGGGAGGGGCGCUGCUGCCGUUUGUUUCAACUUUACUCUCUCUUAAACGCCUCCCUCCCAUCUCUCCUUUCAAGGAGGGGCGCUGCUGCCGUUUUGUUUCAACUUUACUCUCUCUUAAAACGCCUCCCUCCCAUCUCGCCUUUCAAGGAGGGGCGCUGCUGCUCUGCCACAACCUCUUUUCUCAAUCACCCUCAGCUCUGCUUUUCCCUUCUCCCUCCCAUCCCUCCUCCUCCCACCAGUCGCUCGCCCAUCGCCUGGCGGAACGCCUUUCAAGGAGGGGCGCUGCUGCUCUGCCACAACCUGCUGCUCGCCUCCACCCUCUCCCCGAGCCUUGUUCUGCUGCUCUGCCACAACCUGUUGCUCGCCUCCACCCUCUCCCUGGUAACCACACUCAAACCUUCCUCCCGCAUUACACUCUUACGCAUGCCUGCGUCUCCUCCCCUCCUCCCUCUCCUUCCUCCUCCUCCUCUUCCAUCCUUCGCUCCCUCUCCCCCUUCCGCUCCCCCUUCACCUCCUCCUCCUCCGCCUCCUCCUCCCCUUCCUCUCACCGCCCCUCCUCCCCCUCGCCCCGUCGCACCUCUUCCUCUUUCCUCAGCCCCUCAAUCACUCCCUCACUCACUCCCUCACUCGCUCCCACCCUACCUCGCUCCUCUUCCACACCCUCACUCGCCCACCUCUCCCCUUUCGGCCACACUCCCCCUCUCUCCCCCUCUGCUUGCCCCAACCCCAACCAGCCAUUCCCCCUUUCUUCCUCCGCGUCCAACCCCCCCACCCUCUCCUCCCCUUUCCCCCUCCCCUACUCCUCCCCACCCCUCCCGCUUCGCCCGUCAUCCUGGGCCAAAUCCACGUCAGGCCACUCCCUUUCCACGUCAGCAUGGGGAGUGGAUCCCCAAAGCAACACCCCUCUCCCCCCUCUUGUCUACCUAAG